AUGGGGGGAGCCAGAGGACUGCAAGGUAAAGAUGGCUUCCCUGGGGCUCAGGGACGGGAGGGGUACAAAGGAUUCAAAGGAGUUCUAGGAAGAGGAGGAGACACAGGGCCUGAGGGUGACUCCGGGCCUGAUGGGGAGGGCGGUGCCUCUGGUUUCUCUGGAGCCCAGGGCUUGCCUGGUCUUCCUGGAGAUCCAGGUGAGACAGGGGUGCUUGGACUGAAGGGUGACAUCGGUAUGGAGGGGCCACGCGGAGGAGUGGGGGUAACGGGUGAGACUGGUCCAAUUGGUGAGGCAGGGCCUGGUGGGCCUGAUGGAACUGGAGGUAUCAAGGGAUCAACUGGAGCAGAAGGGAAACAGGGUCCUGAGGGAACAGAAGGGGAAAAGGGUCAGAUUGGAGCACCUGGAUUCUCAGGAGACCAUGGGGAGAUGGGCUAUAAUGGGUAUCCUGGAGAGCCAGGAGGCAGAGGAGAGACCGGUCACAAGGGUGACCAAGGCCCAGGGGGCAUGCCAGGCAGUGAUGGGGAGCCUGGAGAGGAUGGUCCUCUUGGAGUUCCUGGGGUGAUCGGCUUUCCUGGAGAGUUUGGACAAAAGGGCACGAGCGGGGAUCGUGGUGUGAGGGGACCUCCUGGGAGAGUAGGAGCUGGGGGGCCUCAAGGAGCGAGAGGAGAUGCAGGAAUUCCAGGGAAACCAGGACCUAAAGGCCUGCAGGCCCAGCCUGGAGCCAAAGGGGAGACAGGACCUGAUGGUGAGAAGGGUGGGGUUGGAAGAACUGGUGUGAAGGGAGAGAAAGAGGACAAGGGAAGUUUUGGAGCACGUGGUGACAAAGGACAGCAAGGGGAGAGAGGUACCAUCGGCCCUGAUGGCAUUGUUGGACGAAAUGGACCCCCCGGCAUCCCAGGCUCCAGAGGAGAGCCAGGUCCAGGCGGUGACCUGGGCGUCAAAGGUGGCUCUGGACCUAAAGGAGUGCCAGGUGCCCCUGGCCCUGGGCUGACAGAUGAGCAGGUAUUGCAGCUGUGUAAAGGAGUGGUGACAGCCCAGAUCUCCCAGUAUGCAGCUUCCAUCCGGGUCAAGUGUUCCCAGGGCUGCCCCAUCAACAACCGCACACUUAUUGGGCCGCCCGGAACCAGGGGACCAACUGGAGAAUCGGGCAAACCCGGUAAAGCGGGCAAAGCUGGAGUCAAAGGAGGCAGGGGCAUCCAAGGGGACACAGGAGUGGAUGGUCAGAAGGGGACAGUGGGUGAAAGAGGAACAAAAGGCCCGAAAGGAAAGGGCGGUGAGCCUGGUAAAGGUCUGCCAGGACACGAUGGGCAUCAAGGCCUCAGAGGGCUGCCAGGCCACCCAGCAGAGCCAAAGAAUGGUUUGGCAGGUCACAGAGGGCCCCGUGGUUUCACAGGCGCUUUGGGCCAGCCUGGCAUGGUAGGCAACGCAGGAGUGCCCGGCUUCUGUGAGGCACGGGACUGCAGCAUUCACGCGCCUGUGAUGCGCAAGGAGCAGGGCCUAGUGAAGGGACCCCGCGAUCUAAGCCCCAAGAUUUAACCCCAACAAGGAGCUUCAGGAAAAGGUGAAGGAAUGGUCCAUGACGAGGGGUCACUCUGGACGGUCGCUCCAUGGCAACAUUGAAGUUAAUUCAAUUCAUAUCUCAGCCAAACCAGGAAUUGACAUUGAGUUUUGAACUGGGAAAUUACCAAUGUGUACAGCAUUGAUCUUUUUGAAUUUCAUGCCUAAUUCAAUUCCUGUAUUGACUGGUAUUGAAAUGUAAUUAAUCUGAGCACUGUUCAAUGGGGCUCACCAGUGAUGGAAGGGUUUGGUGGGACACGCUGGACUCUGCACAGAGAUGAAACCAGCCUUGACGCAUUUCAUCUGAGCCAAGCAAGGCUCCAAAUGAACUCUGUUUAGGCAUAAUUGAUACCUUUUUUGUUAGGCCAAAAUAGAUUUUUUUAUGCAGAAACAAAAAAUGAAAUUGUCUUCCUCCAUGCAAACCAUAAGUAAAGGGGCUUGAGAAACUGGCUAAAAGAAAUUGGCAGAAAAUGAAACUUGCAGGAAUCUCUGGCUACCAGUCAGGUUUUGUUUUUGAUAUGAUCAACAAUGCUGUGUAUACAUUGAAAAUAAAAAGUGAUGUAAAUAAUUUUGUAAAGUAUCGCAAGUACAUGUACUGUGUGUUCUGAAAUAUCACUGUUUUAGAUAAAUUCUGUCUUACUUUUUCUUAA